UCACUGAAUGAAUCGCUCGCUAUCCUAUCGAAGAAUGAGUCGCUCGCGAGAUGAGGAAGAUCCCCCCGAACUAAGGUGCCGUAUGAAUAUAUCACACGGGAUAACAAGCCGGAUUGUAUGCUUAUUUUCAUGGUGUGGAACAUGUUUGGCCAGAGUGCACGAGACAAUACGUGACAAGCUUGAGAAUUUUAAGUGGAAGGUCGAAAAAGUCUGGAAGGAUAAUAGAGUUGUAAUAAGACCAUGGUGGGAAACAGUAUUGGUAUUAUCUUGUGUGAUUGCCGUCACACUGGAUCCUUUAUUCUUUUACAUUCCAACCAUAAAUGAGGAAGGAAAAUGCCUUGAAACGGACACUAAGUUGAGGACUGUAUCUCUUGUUUUCCGAUCAUUCACCGACAUCAUCUUUAUAUUUGACAUUCUUGAUCAAGUUUAUAAGGCUACAACAUUAGCAGAGACAUGGCGGACGUUGGCAGCAGACUUUCUUUCUAUACUUCCCGCUCCACAAGUGUUGAUAGUAGUCCUCUUUUACAAAAGCCGAGACUUUGGAUAUUUAGAUAAUGCAACGAUUUUAAAUGCCGUUCUUCUCUUCCAAUAUGCACCAAGGAUUUAUCGGCUUAAUCAAUCGUUUGACAAACUUACUCGGAAAAAGGGCACCAGAUUACGGGUCAAGAUUGCGUUCAAUUUUUUCCAAUACAUCCUUGCCUGUCAUAUACUUGGAGCCUCGUGGUUUUUCUUUUCUAUCCAACGAGAGAUGAUAUGUUGGCAACAACAUUGUGUAAAGCAUAAUACAUGUGGAAAAUAUGUCGAGUGCAAAGACAAUAGUUCGAGAAAUGUCAAAGAAUUAGCCGAACUUUGUCCAAUGAAUCCAAAAGAUUCCACCGUAUUUGAUUUCGGGAUAUUCACUAAUCCUCUGGGAACUAGUAGAAGAACAGAAAUAAAGUUCUGGACGAAGUUCUCCUACUCUUUUUGGUGGGGGGGGGGGGGGGGGGGGGGGGGGGGGGGGGGUGCGAAAUCUAAGUGUGCGGUAACUUACAUGCAGGCACCGGUGUUUAAAUCUAUGGGUUUAUAUGUGUUGUCCGAAAUUAGCAAAAAGAUGGAGAUAGAGGUGUACGUCGAAAAUACUUUGAUUGUCAAAAUGAACGAACCACUGGAUCGCAUGGUUUUCAUUACAGAAGGGAGUAUGGGGAUCUACACGACUAGCAAUACGGACUCGUCUCCAUCAGUAAUCCUUCAAGGAUCUCUUGAGGAAUGCAUUAUCUACGGGCAUGAUCAGCUACUGAGUUGGGUUUUCUCACCCAACGUGAGUCUCGACUGCCUUCCUAUCUCCAAGAAAACUGUCAAGUGCCAUACCAAAGUAGAAGCCUUUGUUCUCACAGCCAGUGACUUGAAGGCAAUCCUCUGCUACAUGAAGAUAAUCGAAGACAGUUAUUCUGAUGAAGAUGUUUCGGAUAUUAGUCAUUCCAUUGAGGGGGGUAGUUCUUCUAGCCUGAGAUCCGCAGCCCAUAUAGCAACGGCAGCCUCUCGUUUCCAGCGACGUCUUCGAAGAAAGAAGUUUGGAUUAGAGUUCGACCCCUCUAGCUACAAAGGAUUGUGAGUCUAAUUAAAUAAUUAAUAAAAAAAAAGGAUGAAUAUAUCAGAUAUACAAAAUGUUAUAUUCCAAGGUUCGUAUUAGCGCCGGACCUUGAGUCGAAUUGAUCGUGUCAUGUGCAACGUCCAUCAAUGAUGGUCUAGAUAUAUCAGAAAUGGUUGUCACAAUGCAACCAUUUUGCCAACGAAAUCACUAAGGUAAUAUCCCUUUUGGUGCUUUUAGGUUGCCUGAUAGAACUUAUCCUAUCUUCUCUACUUUCUCAAGUGCUAGUAUAGAGUAGCUCUCGCUUAACUGCUGAAGUGUGAAAUUCAUCUCUCGUUUUACUGUCUAGUCUGGUUUGUUUAGUUGACUCAAGAUGCUUAAUGGUGAAUUCAAUGUGGAACCUUGAAAAUUAUAAUUUCAUUGCUCAGA